CUUUCUUCGUAUACAAUGCAAACUUAUUAUUGUGCGUUAUUAUACAUAAAAACAUAUUCUUUAACUGUCAUUAGAAACAGAAUUUGAAAUCCAAAUGUUUUUGUUGGUUGUACGUAUUUCGCGUUACUCUUUUAAACAGGCGAUAGUAAUUUUGAUCAUCGCUGCUUUCCGUAGUGUAACAGCUUACGUCACACUUAGCAACUAUGGCGGCGCUCCCUUAGAAAGAUCUGUCAAGUGUGUUGGGAGAGAGACAUUGAAAAGCCUGUCAUGUCAAAUUAUUCUGAACGUAUACUGUGUUAGUUGUCCAUUUAGGUGUGGAAAAACCAUUUUAAAGAUGGGAUUAGAGCGUCUGCUGAAUGGGGUGCUGGAGUUUUACUCCAGACAGUUUCGACUCGUUAAUAUUCAGCACAAAGUCAGUGCCUUUCGAAACGCGUCCAUGUCUUCACAGACUUCACCGAGCAGCGGCCUGUCCAACCGGGUCACGUGUGUUUCGGGACUGUGCAGCAGGAUAUUCGUCCUCACAAGCCGCCGUGGUGCCGUUCACAGGCAGCUGGCAGCCCGCCGCAGCCUCUCCACUUCCACCCAGCCCUCCAAAGAUGUCACCCUGUUCGAGCACGACAGGACCCGCUUCUUCCGACUCCUCUCGGUUUUCUGCGGCGGACAGUUUCUCUUCUGGACGUACAUGGCUCACUUCGCUUACACUGAGCUCAGAAACACAAGGGGCGCUACAGAUAAAGGGAAAGCCAAGGCGUCCACCACAACCACUACCACCGGGCUGGCUGGGAUGUGGAGUUUUGAGAUGAACCUGGGGUCAAACACCUGGAGGUAUGGCUUCACGCUGGGAUGCCUGGCAAUAGGAGCAGGGAUAGUCGGCCUCGGGAUUCUGUUUUGUCGUCGCUCUGUAAGCCAGGUGGUUUUACAUCAAGGGGGGAGGAUGGUGACAGUUUGCACACAGUCACCUUUGGGACCAAGCCGAGGCCAGAGAAUAACAGUCCCACUGUCUGAGGUAGCCUGUCACGCUCACAGACAUGAGUCCCCCUCAUUCAUCCCCCUCAGGGUCAAAGGACACAAGUUCUACUAUCUCUUGGACAAAGAGGGGACCCUGAACAACGCUAGGCUGUUUGACAUCACUGUUGGGGCAUACCGGCCAGUUUAAGAUGGGGUUUCCAAAAUUGUGUUGGGCACCAAAAACCAAUGGAUGACUGGUCAAAAGAUCUGAUUUUACACAACUAUGGCAUGUCGGUUUAUGUUUGAUUGAUUCUCUUCACUGAAAUAAAUCUAUAAGACCAAGA